AUGCCUCAUGGCAGUAUUUUCACGGCCUUCAAGCUUUCCACAAACCCCGACUCACCAACACAGAACGUGGCGGAGGGGAAAUCGGAACCCAUUGAUAAUAUGCAAGCAUCUGUACAGCCAAUGAAAACCUCGCAUCAGCAAAAAGAGGAGAGAGAGGUUCGAAGUUCCAGUAGAAAAAAGCGAACGAUCAAAACUCCCUUAGAUCAAAACCUACCACCACUACCCAAGACUGUGGAUGAGUCUCAUGAUGAGGGAAACCAGUCUCACGAAGGCACCGACAAUAGUCAAGAACUGAGACAAGAUGCGAAACCAUAUGUCGUAAGCGACCGACGUGCUCGCAAUACACUAAAAAAGAUGUUGCGCCCAAACGAUCCCCACGCUAACAAUGACGCCCAUCUGGCCUACGACACCAAAUUAGAAGAGUCCCGUACCCAGAUCGAGAUCUGGAAAGCGGCAUACCAGGAGCUGCAACAAAAUUUCGUUCAGUACGAUCAAAUCCUCAAAGUCACUCAGAACGAGCGCGAUGAAGCGCUAGCUAUCAACGAACGUACCAAGCAAUCGGCUGGUCAGAUGCAGAAAGCCAUGGACAACAAGGAGCUAUUUCUAGGUCCUCAGAUGACAGACGAUGACAUCCAAACUAAGUUCAAAUCGCUCAUCAGUUCCAUCAAAACUUGGUCGUCCAACUUCCUUGGCGACAAUUUGCAAGGCCCGGAGUUCAGUCAGGAAUCUGUCCUCAGCUAUGUCCAAGUUCUUCCUCUUUGUCCUGAGAUCCGCUUCAUCGAACCUACCCUCGCUAAGAAGAAGAAUCGGCGCCUUUUCGUGAGAGGCUGGACUGCGUACGUCAUAAGCGAUCUAGUGUUGAGAACGCUCCCAGUACCAACGCCGGGCGCGGACGCUCCCAAGGGAUUUACAAGUGCAGAUCUUUGGUUAGAAGAGAAUGUUAGGAGCAGUCUACUCGAGUUGGAAACUAGGUUAUUUUAUGAUAAAUCCUCACACGCCCACACGUUCAAUGACUGGCGCGCCUUCACCAUAGAUCUCCUCUCCAAGACAUACACAGAUAAGGGCCUCACGGACAACGGUAGCAUACAAAUCAUCUCCGCGGCGCGGGAGAUCAUGAGCUUCAUCGGUGUCUGGGCAUCUCCCGAGCGGCACGAUGAGCUCGAAGACGGCCUCAUAGCCAUCUUUGAGGAUGCCAUAUGGCUGUCGCAGCUUCUUCGUCGACAGCGUGCCCUGUGGUAUGUCCGUUUCCCGCGUCCUAUACCACGAACCGAUACGACGCUGCCUGGCCUGCUGUUGUUCGAUCCGGCUACUAUGACUGACGAGUGGUCGGAGGAUACGGAGCAAGAUCUGCAGCUCUUACGCCAGCGAUAUGUCGAAAUAGUGGUGUCGCCCGCGCUUUUUAAGCGCGGCAAUGUUGACGGCGAGCGGUAUGAUGUUGAAUAUGCGGCGGUACCUGCCUCAGUGUUGCUGCGUGCUCCGACUAAGAAUUAGAGUAGAUGCAACGGAGAGACUCUGGUUUACUUGAUGCAUUGAACACUAUGUACAAUGCCUCGUCAUCGAAAAUCGUACACUCGUGUACAGCUGCUUGAGGAACUUCAUAGUAUUUUCAGUUUUCCCAAUAAGAGAGGAGGUCGGAUUUUGAACACUAGUAAUCUCGCUAGGCUACCCCAGACAGCGUCAAAAGGGUGUACGCAAAUUAGAAAUGUAUUCGCUACCCCCGGUUUCUAUCAGUACAUUAGAGCCCCUCAGACAGUGGCAGCACAUUGUACGAAUAUCUAUGACAAGGCACUGUAUUAAUGUUGAAGGCAAACCAGGGCCUCUCUUCGCACGUGAUCUUUACCUUUUUCCCGCCGACUGCAAGCUGCUCGGAUGAUUUCGAGAUUCUUGGCUUUUGGCUAAGUCUCUGGCUGCGUUUGGCUAAGUCUCCAGCUAGGGUUCGC